UUGGAUUCAAUUUCUGCACCUUCACCUUGGAGCGGUGUUGGUCCCCUGAUCCUCGCUUUUCUCUGAAUUCUUAUGUCUUCUUUCUCAUUCUCUCGCCAUAUCGCGCUUUCAGAAACCCUGCUUGUCAAGCCUGUCUCGACAAGUGGUGCCGAAACAGGGACCCCAAAGUAAAUCCAGACUGCGAAGCUCGCUCCUAGCCGCGGAGAACGCAGGGAAAUCUGGCCAGCUAGGCGGAAGAGGAAAGUACUUCGCCAAGAGCAUCAUGCACCCUUGGGUAGCCAUCCUGGGCCUCCUACUCCUUCUGACAGAUGGUGUAACCUCUUACUCUCAAGUGACUGGAAGAACCGGUGAGUCUGUCAGGCUACCCUGCUUAUAUGCUGGAGAAAUCACAACCGCAUGCUGGGGCCGAGGGGAAUGUUCUUGGUGGAGCUGCAGAGAAGACAUUAUCCAGACUGAUGGAUACAAAGUCACUUUUCAGAAGGACAGACGUUAUCAACUAAGAGGAUAUAUUGGUGAAAGGAAUUUGACCUUGACCAUAGAGAAUGCUGACCCAUCUGACAGUGGCUUGUAUUGCUGCCGUAUUGAGAAAAAAGGGUGGUUCAAUGAUAUAAAAAUCAUUCAAGAGUUGAAUAUAAGAGAUUCCUCAGAAGAGAAGUAAUGUAUUCUGCUAGUCUCAUCUCUUCAAGAAUAUUCCACAGUUUGUCGUGAUCCACAGUUAAAGGCUUUCACAUGGUCGAUGAAGUAUAAGUACAUGUUUUUUUAAUUCUCUUGCUUUUUCUAUGAUCUAGCAUAAGUUGGCAAUUUGAUCUCUGGUUCCUCUGCCAUUUCUGAAUCCAGCCUGUACAUCUGGAAGUUCUCUGUUCAUGUACUGCUAAAGCCUAGCUUGAAGGAUUUCAGUAAAAUCUUAUGAUGUGAAAUAAGUGCAAUUGUACAGUUAUUUGAACAUUCUUUGGCAUUGCCUUUCUUUGGAAUUGGAAGCUGAGAAGUCCCAUAAUCUGCCCUUCAAGCAGAAGAACGAGGACACCCAGUGAUAUAAUUUAUUCCAAAUCUAAACUUCUGAAAAUAAAGGGUGGGGAAGGCAAUACAUCCUAAUUUGAGUCCAAAAGCCUGAGAGCCAGGAGUCAGAUAUCUAAUAGAAGGAAAAAAAUGGGUGUCUCAGUUCAAGAAAAGAGAGUAAAAUGUGUCCUGACUCUGCUUUUUUGUUCUAUUGGGUGGAUUGGAUAAUGCUCACCUGCACUGGUUGGGAUCAUGGGUUGGAUGAUGCUCGCUUGCUUUGGUGAGGGAGGUCAUCUUCACUCUACGGAUUCAAAUUUUAAUCACUUCCAAAGAUACCCUCACAGAUAUGUAUGGAAAUAAUAUUUUACCAUCUAUCUGGGCAUCCCCAUUCAAGUUGAUUUGUAAAAUUAAGCAUCUCACACAGCUAGUGAACAAUUGGGCUGAGGUUGGAUUCCAGUUUUUCUGUUCCCUUCCUUCUUUUCCUCCUCCUGUUUCAUUCUUGCACACACAAAAAAAACUAUUAAAUUGAAUUUUAGGAGAACUUGACAGAAAGAAGUAGAGGUGAGCUUGAAGUUAAUGACCUUUAGGUAAAUAUUUCUUAGACUGUAUAAUGAGGAUAAUAAUGUACCUUUCUUGUAGCUCCAUUGCACAGAAUCCAUAAGACAUGUAUAAAGCACCUUGACCAAUGUCUAUUUAAUACUAGGAUGUGAGUUACCUAUGAUGUGCAUGCAUGCUCACUCGUGUCUGACUCUUUAUGACCCCAUGGACUGUAGUCCACCAGGCUCCUCUUGCGCAUGGAGUUUUCCAGGCAAGAAUACUGGAGUGGCUUGCCAUUUCUUACUCCAAGGGAUUUUUUCUGACCCAGGAACUGAACCUGCAUCUCCCAAGUCUCCUGCAUUAGCAGGUGUAUUCUUUACCACUGAGUCACCUGGCAAGCCCUGAUAACCAUGAUGAUGCCAAUAUAAAAACCUAAUAAAGUUCAAACAUCAGAUUUAUUAUUUUUGUCAAAAUAUAAACCUUGAAAGUCAGGGACUGUGUCUUAGUCAUAGAGGCUUCCCGGUGUCAAACACAAUGUCUAAAACUUGAUCACUAUUUGUUAAAAAUUGUUGAAUGUUAAAAAAUAAAUAAAUAAAAUGAGGUGAAACAUUAAA